AUGCAAGCUGUGAGCCCGUCCGAGUCAUCAUGGGACACAGCCCGCCCCAUCGUCGCCACCGCGGCGAGCAUGGCGACGUCGACAACAACAACGGCGGUGACGACGGCGAUCCAAGUGGCCGAAGUUCAGGACGAGGACCAGGGUGAAGGCACGCUCGAUCUUGACAAGGGCCCUAACUCCGGGUCCGACUCCAGUCUUCCCAGCCCCAAUCUUUUAAAAGGCAACCCCGACCGCAGCCAAAAUUACCUUGGCAUCAAUGACCUCCGACCCGACCCUGAGACCCGGCACGACACGUACUUGGAUUUCAACCGUGGCCUUGACUAUGACUUCUGCAUGGAGGUGGAUGCAGAGGACGGGGAGGAGGGGGCUAAAGAGGAGCUGGGGGGUGCGGUAGAGGUAGAGGUAGAGGUAGAGGUAGACGGGGAAAAGGACGAGGAUGUUCGCGAGGACGGCAAUGACUGCAUGGAGAGUGAAGAGGAGGUGUGUAGGAAGGAGGAGACAGCGAAGAUGCAGGAGCGGCGGGUUGCGGAACUCUGGCAGGAGGUGCUGGCGAUCCUUAAUGGGGAGGCGCAAAGGGCCUUACUUCCGAACGAUGCUGAGGCUGAGGUUGUGGGGGGGGAGGUGGAUAAUGCCGUGAAGGUGAAGGACGAGGAGAGGGAAGGUAAGUGCGGGAGGAUGGAAGGGGCCCUGACGGAUAAGGUGACGGAUGAGGUGGGAGACAUGGAGGCUGGGAAGGCACAGGCGGAGGUUACCGAUGGGGUGGAGAAGGAUGAGGAACGGGAAGACGAAGACGAGGAGGAGGAAGAGGAGAAAGAGGAAAAAGAGGGGGAAGAGGAAAAAGAGGGGGAAGAGGGGGAGCAGGAGAAGGAAGAAGCCGAGGAGGCGGGCGAGUGGAAGGACAUGGAGGGGAAGGGUGAAGUGAAGACGGUGAUACUCAGCUGCGUAAUUGGAAUGGCGGAGGAGGGAGCAGAGGAGGAGGGAGCAGAGGAGGAGGGAGCAGAGGAGGAGGGAGCGGAGGGGGAGCCCGGCACGAAGGACUUAGCUUCAGGGGCAUCAUCACGCAGCCAAAGCAUCGACGUGAUAAGGGUCAACAACGGUGACAUUAAUGGCGGCAGCGGUGACAGCUGCGGCGAUAAUGACUCGGGAAGCGCCACUUCGCUCCGCGAAGUUGGAACGCCGUUCCUGCCGUACAACCCAACAGUACAACAGCAGCUGGCGGCAACGCAUAACUGCUCUGCUAGCAGUCAAGCUCAGGAGCCGCGGCAGGAUACGGAUACUGACAGGAACAAUACACCCUCAGAGGAACCCCCAUCGUCCGUCGUCGCCAUCAUUAGCGGCGGUACCUCGUCCCCAUCAACGGGUUCCAUGGCCUCAAUCUCCUGCCCCGCACGGAGCUGCACGGCAGUACGGCAGCCGCAGGGGACUCUUAAGGGCUCGCCGACGCUGGCGCCGGCGUGGGCGCAGGCUCCAAUAGGCUCAGGCACUGACGGCGUCAAUCGCGGAGCCAAGCUGUCCGGUAGCUUUUCCAGGCUGUGGAUGGAGCUGGAGGCAGAGCGUGAGGAGGCGCGAAAAGCGCGCGUCGCAGAGGAAGCUGCAGCUCGAGAGCUCGCUGAGCUUCGAAGCCUCCUAGCGGAGGAGAGGCGACAGGCACGUGAGGCCGUGGACGCCUCCAGACAGCAAGUAAGCGAGCUGCAAGCCCGGUUAGGGGCUGCGGAGGCGGAGUCACGGCUAGCGGCAGAGGCUGCAGCUGUGGAGAUUGAGGGGCUGGGGACAAAGUUGGCGGCUGCGAUCAGGGAUAAGGAGAAGCAGAGAUUGUACUUGGGGGGAGCCCUGGCUGAGAUUGCAGCACGUCAGGGGGUCGUGGCAGCGAUUCGGGAAAAGGAAAAGCUGCAGGCGCAGCUGGUGGAGGCAGCGGAGGUGGCAGCGGAGGAAAUGAAAGAGCUACAAGCGCAAUUAGCUGCGGCAGAAACCGCCGCGGAAGAGGCGGCAGAGGCGGCAGCUAAGGAGAAGGAAGAGCUGGAGGCACAACUAGCUGCGGCGGUGAAGGCCGCCCGCGAUGCCGUAGAGACCGCAAGUGCAGCAACUAAGGCAAAGGCGGACCUGCAGGCGCAGAUGGCAGCAGCGGUGGAUGCGGCGCGUGGGGCAGUACUGGCAGCGGCUGGGGAACAGGAGGCGCUGCGAGCACGGCUAGCCGCGGCGGAGGUGGCGGCGCGCGAUGCAUCGAAUGUCACCGCGCAGGAAAUUCAAGGUCUGCGCCGUCAGCUGGCGGCAGUGGAGCAGUUGUUAGCUAAUGCACGCGAGGAAGCUGCUGCCGCUGCAGCCGCCGCCGCCGCGGCCGCCACCCUCAAUGACGAUCUCCAUCUGCGGCUGGCGGCAGCGAAGCAGCUGGCACGCGGAGCCCUGGAGCAAGCAAACGCUGCCGAUGAGGAGAACGAGAACCUUCGCCGCCAGCUUGCAGCGGCGCUAGCGACAGCAGAAGCGGCCAAGGCGGAACAAAAAAAGGCACACAGCAACAGCGAUGCUGGAGCCACAACGUCGCCUCAUUCGCCUCGCCUCGCGGACAUGCUCGAGUCGAUCCGCGAGCAGCUGUGCAGCCUAGCAGUGCGAGCCGCCACCCAAGCCGCCCUGAACCUGCAGGCGGCUCCUCGGGGUGGCUCACAUGCCGUGGAGGCAGCUACAGCCGAAACAAACCGCCUGCGGCGGGAGCUACAGGGCGCCCGGCGAACGGCAUCUCAAAUGGUGGCGCAGGUGGCUAGGCUGCAGGGCAAUCUUGAAUCGGCGAUGUUGGCGUCAAGGAACGCGCGAUUAGCGACGGAUGAGUCCCGGAUGGCGGCGGCAGGGGGGCGGCUGGCGGCGUCUGAGGUCACGGACCUGCUGAGAUCCUCCAGGGAGGGUCGCUCCGGCAGGCUGGGGUCGGGACAGGCUCGGGCAACUGCUGUGGAGAAGGCGUCAGGAGGCGGACCUGAGGAGAUGAGGGAACUGGCAGGCGCAUGGUCAGUCCGGUCAGCGGUGGCAUCGACAGGUGUGAUGGCGCAGCAGCUGACGAAGGAGGCAAGUGGGGGGACUGGGGGCCGCAGCCGAGCCGGGAGCUGCUUGCUCGAGGACAGCUUUGCCUCUGGGGCGUUUGAAGGACCACCGCGGAGGCCGGAGGUUGGAGUGGACGAGCGGCUAACCCCGGGAAGUACCCAGCGCCGGCCGUCGUCGAAUUCAGUGAUGUACCCUCACAGCGCCCGCCACACUCCUCUAGCAGGCGACCCCUAUCCCCCUGGCCUCGCCACCGCCGGAGGUGAAGGAAGGGUGCGACUGUCUACAUCAGCAGCAGCAGUGGCAGCAAAGGUGUAUCCCUCGAGCAGGAGUGGAGUUGCCGCAGGCUCUGCUGCCACAACCGACCCCGCCGCGCCGCACGCCAGCUUCUCCGUACAUGCGUAUGGCUACGGCACAACGAAGAGUGCCACUAUCACAGCGCAUUUCUCCUGAGAUAAUGCAAAUCUUCCCUGCCACGGCGACAUUAAGUUAGGCCGCCUAAAGCCAUAAUCGUUUUCGCACGCUAAGACUUGAUGCAUUUCCAUACACGCGACAUAAGUUUUCUUCACCACCAUCAUCACCCACAUUGCCACUCCACAUCAAUUACUUAGAUCACAUUCACAUCAACACAAUCGCGCGAUCAUUUUUAUCCGCAAACUACGUAUUCAAUUUUUAGUGUAGGUGAUAGAGCACAUGCCAGCUCCCCCCACCCACCGCUGUGUUUAAAAGCGAUAGGCCAGCCAGCAACAAAUUCUCGGCUUGUUUUCGGCACCCAAUCUUGCGCAAUCGUAAAUGAUCCGCAACCUGUUUGGCGACAUACCUAUCUCGUAUGGUACAUAUAUACAUGCAAGGCACACACGACAUAUCUUCCCCCAUGCACAUGCAACGCCCUAUUGACAUGGUCAGCUCGAUUAAAAGGUGUGUUAAAAAACUCUACCAACUGACAAGCUCACACAACAUCACAUAUGUGCGUGUGUGUUACAUGGUUGGGGGUGCGUGACCCCAUACCUGUAAGACUACCCAUACGAGCCGAAGGCCCAAGGGAUUCACAUCACAUAUGCACAAGCUCCCACCCGCAUAACUAUCGGAUCCCAGCUGCCGCACUCGCCGCGCUCCAUAAAACUUGAUUUCAUACAUAUACUUGCAUAUACUUCAAAAAAAAAAGCCAUGUCACUUCUUAAAUGGAUUCUCAUCCAUUUAUGUACAUUUAUGUACUUAA